AACAACAAUACCCAUUGUCACAUCUUUCUCCUUUUGUUAUAACCUCUAUACCACGCUCCAAGCAGUCACCAUGUCCAUCUCUUCCGAUGCCAUUUGGGCCGCAGCGCCAACCACCACUCGCGGUCAGGCAACCCAGCUCUCCUCGGACGCCAAAGGCGAGCGGAUUGCCUAUGCUUCGGGCAAAUCCAUCUUCGUCCGCAACAUCGACGAUCCCUCCGUCUCCAGGCAGUACACCAACCACACCGCCCAGACGACCGUCGCGCGCUUCUCUCCCUCGGGCUUCUACGUUGCCAGCGGUGAUGUCACUGGUAGCAUUCGCGUCUGGGACUGUGUUGGGGAGGGGGCUACGAAAGGCGAAUACCACAUCAUUGCUGGACGGAUAAACGAUCUGGCAUGGGAUGGCGACUCUCAGCGUAUCAUCGCUGUCGGUGACGGCAAGGAGCGUUUCGGCCACUGCGUGACCUGGGACAGCGGCAACAGCGUGGGCGAAAUCUCCGGCCAUUCGUCGCAGAUCAAUAGCGUUUCCAUCAGGCAGCAGCGCCCUCUGCGUGCCGCUACCGGUAGCGACGACACGAGCAUGGUCUUCUACCACGGUGCACCGUUCAAGUUCAACACCAGCCUCCGCGGCCAGCACAACAGAUUCAUCUUCGGCACUGCCUUCAGCCCCGACGGAGCGCACCUCGUCACGGUCGGCGCGGACAAGCGGAUAUGGCUGUAUGACGGAAAGACUGGCGAGGCUACCAAGCAGAUUGGCGAGGAUGUUCACACCGGAAGCAUCUUUGGCGUCGCUUGGGACAAGGACUCGAAGAGGUUUGUUACUGCGAGCGCGGAUCAGACCGUCAGGAUAUGGGACGCUGAGUCUGGUGAGAACGUCCACACUUGGCGCCUGGGCGAGGAAGGUGUCGUCAGCAUUCCUCACCAGCAGGUCGGCGUUACCUGGCCCCACGGACGCAGUGAUGGCCUGAUCAUCACCGUCGAUCUGGAGGGCAACCUUAACUACCUUGUUGAAGGCGAGUCCAAGCCCAUCAAGGUCGUCCGCGGGCACUCGAAGAACGUCACUGCUGCCGGCAUCAGUGACAAGACUUUCUUCACUGGCAGCUACGAUGGCCAGGUCCGCGCUUGGGACACCACUACCGGCCUUGCCGCUGGCAUCGACGGAGAGAGCCACACCAACCAGGUCGUCGGCUUCUCCUCCCUCAGCAAGUCCAACAUCUUCACGGUUGGCUGGGACGACACGCUCCGCACCCUUUCCGCAAACGCAAAGACCUUUGCUGGGUCCAAGACCGAGCUGCACUACCAGCCCAGGGGCGUGGCUACUUGCGGCGAUGCUGUGUUGGUUGCCUCCCACUACUCCGUCUCUACCUUCGUAGACGGAAAGGAGGCCAGCAUGCGGCCGAUGCCUUACCCGCCGACUUGCAUUGCGGCGAAGGACGACCUCGUCGCCGUCGGCGGUGAGGACAACGUUGUCCGCGUUUACGGGUUCUCGGGCAACAGCCUGCGCGACCUGGGCAUCGAGCUCACCAACUCGACGGCGGUCAUCUCGACGCUCUCCUUCUCGCCCAAGGGCACCUAUCUGGCGGCCGGAAACACGGCCGGAAAGAUCCAGGUCUACUCGGGCAAGGACGGCGAGUGGAAGCUGGUGACGGACCGGUGGAGCGCGCACACGGCGCGCAUCACGGCCGUCGCGUGGGACGACAGCGAGCAGUUUGCCGUCAGCGGCAGCUUGGACACGAACAUCUUUGUCUGGAGUGUCGCGAACCCGGGCAAGCGCGUCAAGAUGCUGAACGCGCACAAGGAGAGUGUGAACGGCGUUGCGUGGGUCGGUGAGGGCCACGAGAAGGUCCUCACGACUGGUGGUGAUGCGGCGGUCAAGGUCUGGAAGGUCGAGAACCUUGCUUAAGGGUGGAGGAUUAUAUAGAAAACUGAGCGUUUCAUUUUGCUCGCAAUGGCAUACAUAGAAUUUAGUUAGAAAAUUAGCGGACUUCUUGAUUUACAUAUGGC